AGAAAUGUUCGUAAAAUUCUAACGCUAUAAAGAGAUAACAUGGAUUUAUUGUUGAAGAAAAUGUCUACUCUCAAUUUAUCUUCAGGGGCGUGAUUGUUUCCUGAAAUGUCAAAAAUAAACGCAGAAAUAUCGCAACUAAUUGACAAGGACGGUAAUCGUCCAAGGUCCAACGUGGAUGCCCUAAAGUUACACUCAUUUUACUCAAAUCUGCCUAUUUAUCGCAAUAAAUAUGAUUGGAAGGUUCCAUUAUGGACAAAAGAAGAACUCACAAACCUACAUUUGAGGGUGAAAAUUAAGAUUAUUGAUUUAAUUACCUCUGAACUGGAUAUUAUUCCCCCAAAGAUGACGUACUUUGAAAGAGAAAGGUAUAAAUAUCUGCUAAAUCCCCUUUCCUCAAAAGAACUGUACCAUAUAUAUCUGAAUUAUCACAUGUCUUGCGUCGCAAGAGCAUUACACAGUCUUAUACACAGUGACUCAUAUGAAACUAUAAAAAAGAAGAUGGAGAAUUCCUCGAACAAACCCCUGGAUGUUCUAAAGGGAGUUUUAGAUGCAGAUAAAUCUGCACAUUUGGAUCCUGAUAGCAUAAAUUUAGGUACUUUUUGGAGCUCUGUAACAGAUGAUCUGAAUGAAGGAUGUAAAGGUGUUACACACUUUAAAAUUUCCAUGGAUUGCUGUACCAAAUUUUUAAAUUCUACCAGUGAUGGUCAGCUUAUUACAGAUGUUGACAAUGAAACAGCUUCUGCUAUUCGAAAAUUUGUAUCGGAUAUCCCGGAUAAAGACACACUCAUGGUAAAUGCCGUUGCUAAUGCGGAAUCCUUAGGUGUAACAGUGUAUCAGUAUAUGCGCGUCUUACUUCGGAAGAAACAAACAAGUAAAUGGACUCAAGAAGAAGAUGCUAAACUUUCCCAGGAAGUUUUACGUGAAUUAGGAGCUGACAAUGACUUUAUUGAAGUGAGCGAAGUAUCACCUAAAACCAGAGGCUUCCCUUGGAAGAGUAUUUCCAGGGCUAUUCGCACAAAAACUCCGGAACAAUGUAGGUUACGCUGGAGAAAUCUAUCAAAGAAAUCAUUGGAAGAUGUUCCAUUUAAUGAGUUAGAAUUUUUAAAGCUAAAGCUCUUAUUCAGUGCAUUCGGACCUAAAUGGUCAAAAAUCGCAAGUUUAUUGCCGAAUCGCAAUGCUGUUCAAUGUAGAAACAAGUUAUUAUCAAAGAGUUUGAAAAAUAACAAAGGCGUUUUAAUGGAUAUUUUGGAACGUACUAAGAAAGCUUUAGCCGAUGGAAAUGCUAAAAAAAUCCCAAUAACCGAUAAGCACUGGAAAGGUAUCGACCCACUCGGUGUUAAAUUGGUUAGAAUUGUAAAGUUGAUACCUGAUCCACUCCUUUUGUCAAUAUUGAGAGAUUUUUAUGAUUCAAAUGAGCUUGAAUCCAGAAUAGAUGCAAUUGUAAAUGGAAGCUCCAAAGUUUAUGAAAAAUGCUCUGGAACAGAUGUAUAUAUAACAUCUGAAUAUUUGAGACAGCUAGCAUCUGGACAAGAUUCUAAAGUUACGAAUAUUAUAUUGAGUACAACAUCUAAACUAGUCAAAGAACUGUUGCAAGUUAGUCUGUAUGCAAAAAUUAUAGCCAUUACAGAAAAGUGCCGUACCAUCUAA